AGGGUGUAAUCUCGUCAAGGGUGUGUGAUCUCGGUUUCAGUAAUUGUUAGUGUCAUGUCAUAGCGUCCCGGAUAGUUAUCAGCACAGACAGAACAGGGGCUAUCUGGAUAGAGCUCAGAAACCUACCACAAGGCAAGACAUGAUGAGGUUAUUGCUGCGCGUCCCCUUGUUUUUGUUCAAUAUUUCAUAUCAACGUUAUCGGAUCCCAAGGUUCAUGAAGUGACUUGAUGCAAGGGAUUGUCGGACAUGAUAACGCUGUUCUCAGUCUGCGUUGUCAUGGCAACUCUACCUGACACGACGGCAGGAGGUCCCACACAGCCGGAGAACAUGACCUGCGUCCUGUAUGCCAAAAGGCUUCUCACCUGCAACUACGACCUCCGUGACGGCGUUGACCGUAGCAACACGACAUGCACCACAUGUUUUCAGUACAGUAAAGUAGAGCCGUGUGAAGAGGCCAGUAAGACGAGAUGUAACACUGCAGUUGGGAAAUGUGAAUACGACUGUGAUGAUCUCAAGUUUUGCGACUACUUUCACCUGAUGAAGGUCACCGAGGUUGGGGGAAAGGGAGACAUUUCUGCCUCAAUGUGUAGACAAAUCGAAACUGAAGACUACAUACAACCAGGUCCAGUGCGUGACCUACGGGUGACGGCCAUCAACAGCACAGCAUUACGGGUGUCCUGGAAACAGCCUGAUGACAGAUGUCGUCUUUCAGACCCGAUGAUGUAUAAAUAUUUCGUGAAGUAUUUUACGAAAGCGAAAAAUGUCAAGAAAACUAAGUCCAAGGAUGAGGAUGUUGAAGUGGUUCUGACAGACCUGGAGCCCUGGACCAACUACACAGUGACGGUCAGGUCACGACCCCACAGCAAGGGCUUCCGUGGCCCUCCACAGAAUGCCACAAAUUCAACCUUAGAGGACGUUCCAGUGUCAGGUCCACUGAUACCAAAGAAUCCGUAUAGCAGGGUGGCGCCUGGAGUGUUAGAGGUCUACUGGAGUUCAGUUCCUCGGGAUGCCAGCAGGGGAGUUAUCGUCAACUACUCCGUCCACGCCAGCUGUUGUCUGUCACAGCCGCUGUACACCACUGACCACUCGACCACAAUCAACAUCACCGGACACAGCAACGUGACUGUACGGGUGAACGCUGCGACAAAGAUCGGCUGGUCUAAGACUGCGUCACAGGUCCAUGUAUACAGACGGAAUUUGGAUGUCCAGUUCAUUGACAGAGUACAAAGGUCUGGCGACAAGUUGUCGUGGGUGUUCCAUGAUAACGCGGGUAAACAGCCAGACUUUUUCAACGUGUGUCGGUGUUUCGGGAGUCAAGAUGACAAACUGCUCCAGCUUGUGAAAUGCAGGGGUCAGGUGAAUACGAUACGGGUUCCUGGUAACAAGAGAGCGUUACCUUUAGAAGACCACGUGCCGCCUAAAUUAGCCUGCGCAGGAUGUGAUUGGCAAUACGCCGUCUCCGCCCACGUUGACAACGUCACGUCACCGAUGGUGUGGAACACUCCAUUACAACAUUUUGAAACUCGUCCAUCAGCCUCAGCAAUGACGGAUGAUUCGGCUGUGAUCACCGCACUGGUCAUCGUGGUAGUAGUUGUCGUAGGUGUUGGCGUGGCAGUUGUUGUUGUCAAGCUUAAGCGGAAUGUCCUGUGUGAGCGAUUCAAGAUCCAGAUGCCACAACUGAUGUGGUCAAUUAGCGACAAAGAGGAGCCAUGUACGUGGACAGAGGAUGACAGAAACGGCAAUGCCAAAGGACGCCAGGGAACUCCACAAGUUAUGGCUAACACCAUCGACGUCCUGGAAGAAGAUGGACAGAGGGUACCUCUUCUUGAGGAACAGUUGCAAGCAGUCGGGAUGCAGACGGAACGAGGUGAUGGGGAAAGCGAUACGCGCUUCUUGACGGACAGUGUUGGGUCAAACUACAAACAGGUCACUAUAGACACUGGCAAAUCUCCAUCACAGGAUUGUCUCCCUUGUAGUCGAGAUAGGUCUGUAUCUCAUAACUCAACAAGGAAGCAUCUUAAUGGUAGAUCUGGACCUGGGCUAAACACACCUUCGUUAUCAGUAGCCCAUGACUGUACAGAUGUAGUCAGACAGACCCAGGGUCUUUGUCAAGGUAAUCAUAUCCAUCUGGACGUAAUCUGUGGACCUGUUGGUUCUCCGGAUGAAGACGAAGGAUGGUCCAGUUCAUCCGACAGCGGUGUUUCCACUUAUAGACAGGUGCCAAUAGACAGUGACGUAUCUCAGUCACUUAAGGAUUGUCAACCGGAUGAAUCUGCAACCACUGUUUCUGAAGAUGAGGCUGAACAUGACAGCGCUCACUCCAGUAUAUCACACAUGAUAAAGAAACCUGUAUCUGAACAAUUACAGGGAUCUUCAUCAUACUCAUCAGUCACGCACUCAUCAGUAGCAACAGCACCGCCUGCACCAUGUCAGAUAUCCACAUCAUCCACGGAGGUAAAGCUGCAUCCGUGUCGACAACCACACGCGGACUUCCGCCAAAGUGUACCUCCAACGGGUACCGUGACUUCUAUCCCCAACUCUUUUGUCCUCUGGGAAGCAGCUGAUUUCUGAAGAAACAUCACCACCUUCCCUUUUGAAAAAGAUCUUAGGUUGAAACGCUUAGAAUAUCAAGGUUCAUUUGAUGUACAUUGCCAUGCAAAUAACAGGGAAUAUUUUUCACGAUACAAACUGGCAGUAUGCAAUAAUGAUUUGUUUUCAUCGGAAAACAUGCUGGUUGUAUUCAACUGCAUCAGACCCGUGCAGAUCCGGGGUAGAAUAGGUCUUCAGCAACCCAUGUGCUUGCCAUAAAAGGCGACUAUGCUUGUCGUAAGAGGCGACUAACGGGAUCGGGUGGUCAGUUUCGC